AUGUCAACAUCUGACACACCGACCGCGGUCGGAAGGAGCCAGCUUAAGACAGAAACAUUCCACUCCAGCUUUGAUGAUAAAGGUCCCAAGCACUCACAACACUCACAAGAUGAAUCAUCAACUGCAUACACGAAUGCGCGACCCACUUCCCUGACUAACCAAGUCUCUUUCACUUCCACCCCAUCGAGUAACUCGCGUGCACCUUGGGCCCGCUAUCUCAACCGUUCGAAAGAAGCGGAGACAUCGCAAGGAAACCAAUCUCAAGUUCACAUCGACUCAAACAUUCAAUCAAGAUUGGAAUUCCUAGGAUAUAGACAGGAACUGCACCGUAAUUGGGAUUUCUGGUCACUUUUUGCGAUGUCCUUUUGCAACGUUCCAGUCCUGCAAUCAGCAUUUGGAUCGGUUUCGGUGUCUUCCUUGCUUUCUGGGCCGAUCAUGUUCACUGUUGGCAUGUUGAUCACUACGGUCUUGAUAGCUUGCCUGAAUGCGGCUUUUGGAGAGAUGGCAUCGGCCUUCCCAAUCGCUGGUGCCAUGUUUUCUUGGACCUUCAAGCUGGCGAGGGCGAACCCCGUUCUACGUGAUUGGGCAAGAAUCAUUAGUUGGGUCGUUGGAUUCUUGCUCACUACGUCGCAUGUGAUACUCCAGUUUCAGAUUGGGGUAGAGUUCACAAGAGUCUUCACGACAGGCAUUACAGCCUCAGGAGCGGAUUGGCAUGUCACUCGAAACGUGAAUGCUUUACUUGUGCUAGGAUUCAUCUGCCUGACUGGCCUGGUAUCAUGCACCAAAUUCUCGCGUUCACCCCAAUUCUGGAAGGUCACUGGGCUCUUGGUUGCCAUACUUCAAAUUUCGGCCUGCGUUGCGAUGAUAGUUACUUCCCAGAAGCAGAGGAGUUUUGCCGGUCUUUUCACUAGUACGAAGAGCAAGUAUGACUCCAAGAGCAAGGGAUGGAACCUCCUUUACGGCUGGAGCGGGGUGACGUUUGUUGCUGGUUCGGAAAGUGUUGCACACAUGACAGAAGAAACCAAAAAUGCAGCGAAGACUGCCCCCAGAGCCAUGUUCUUCAGCAGUAUGUUCACCGGGUUCAUGCUACUCAUAUGUUGCAUUUGUGUCGGAAUGGCUGUCCCUCCGAUCCGUCACAAAGCGACCGGUUUUGGGAUUAUCGAUACCCUUUUCGCGCACUGCCCCAAGCCAGUGGCUCAGUUCGUUGUGAUCUCGAUCGUCUUGAGCUCAUUCAUUGCAAAUGUAUCUCAGUUUCUUGCCACUAGUCGAUUUUUCUGGGCUCUGGCGCGUGACAAGGCGAUACCUAUGGGUAAAAUGUGGAGAAAGAUAACUCCUGACCGGCGGCCUCUACGAGCGGCAUUCCUGUUGAUUGGGAUAAGCAUGCUUUUCAGCUUAAUCGCUUUUGAUCCAACUAGUAAUUCCAUUAUUAUUUUUGACGUCUCAGCCGCUUAUUUGGUUCUGGUUUGCUACUUGACGCCGUUGGUUCUAUAUGCCCUCUCAAAAAAGGAUGUCUAUGAUCGGGACGGUAGUAACGUAUGGACGUUAGGAUAUCUCAGCAAACCGGUAACUUGGAUAUCAGUUGCGUUUUUAACUCUAGUAUUGGCAACCUUAAGCGGACCGUCUGGAUGGCCCGUCGAUAAGAAAACUUUUCCAUACGCCCCAAUUUUUCUAAUCAUCACUAUCGGGAUUUCCUUAUUUUUCUGGUUUGUUUACGGGAGAUCACACUAUGCUGGCCCAAUCAAAUCUCUUACCACAUGGACGGUGGGCUAUGAAGUUGAGAUACCUAAACCACGAGCAAAUGUACCAGCCCGUCAGGAAGUAGUCAACCACUCCGAUCUCCCUAGAACACCAGAUCUUGCCGCAAACGAAAGAAGUUUAGCAAACAUGACCAAUCACCAGCGUACUGGGUUGGAACUUCCUCAUGCUUAUUGCACCUAUGACUCAAGUGGGAGCCUGUGGUCGGCUUCGGAGAGUCAAGUUCCUAUUCAAUCUUUCUUCCAUGAAUGAUUCGAUUUUACCACCAGGAAUAUUGUCUCUUAUGUUUGAACUUACUGUUUUUAUUUCUCUGAAUAAAGUAAAUGAUUUCGAUUGUAUCGGCUCCAACUUACAACUCCCAUCAACAUUUUUAUAUUUAUGCCUGUGAUAUCUUAUCAAUCUAUUUGUGUUUUCAUAGCCAACAACGCUAGUUUCUUAACAGUUUGAAAAUAACCGAUUUAUUCAGUUGUGUACACAUUCUGA